AUGAUGAUUGCAAAACCAACCAGAGCCGUUAUAAGAGGAGCCAGCUUGGCUCGCGGAUAUACCAGCUCGUUAAACUCCAUGCGUCCAGUCUCUCCAGCUUUGAAUUUCUUCCAGAAAGAGCGUCUUCCAGCCAAUACUAUUAUAAAGUUUGUUCCCCAGCAAACUGCCUAUGUUGUUGAGCGUAUGGGUAAAUUCCAUAAAAUUUUACAGCCUGGAAUGGCUAUUUUGUUGCCGAUAAUCGAUAAAAUCACAUACGUUCAGUCUUUGAAGGAGAAUGCUAUUGAAAUUCCUUCUCAGAAUGCUAUUACUGCUGAUAACGUUUCCUUGGAAUUGGAUGGAAUUUUAUAUGUCAAGGUUCACGACCCUUAUAAGGCUUCUUAUGGAGUUGAAGAUUUCAAAUUUGCUAUCAGUCAACUUGCCCAAACUACUAUGAGAUCAGAAAUCGGUUCCUUGAAUUUGGAUUCGGUAUUGAAAGAGAGACUGAUGCUAAACGCUAACAUCAACAAGACCAUCAACGAGGCUGCUAGAGAGCAUUGGGGUGUUGAGUGUUUGAGGUACGAAAUCAGGGACAUUCAUCCUCCACAAAAUGUGUUGGACGCCAUGCAUCGACAAGUCAGUGCCGAGAGAUCAAAGCGUGCCGAAAUUUUGGAAUCUGAGGGUGCUAGACAAAGUAGGAUCAACAUCGCUGAAGGUGAAAAGCAGUCUAUGAUUUUGAAGGCAGAGGCCACUGCAUUGAGUAUUGAGAAGAUUGCUAACUCCAUCAAGAAUACUCCUGGUGGAACCGAUGCCAUCAACCGUCAAGUUGCACAAGAGUACAUCAAGGAGUUCGGAAAGAUUGCUAAGGAAACGAACACUGUUGUUCUCCCAUCUAAUUUGAGCGAUUUGAAUGGGUUGAUGGCUGCCGGAUUGUCCAUGUUCAAGAAUAUGGCACAUCCCCAUGCACUGGCUGUUGAGUUGAAGGAAAAACAAAAGGUCGAGCAAUAA